AUGCGAAACCGCGCUGCCUGCUACUUCCAUGCAACAGGAGUUGCUCUGCGGACGCGCCGCGAAGGCGCCCUGUUUCUACUACCGUCAGUGUUAGACUCCAAGACUUUUGCCAAGCUGGUGAACCGUCAGGGAGCAAAACUAGAGCUUCAGCUUUACGAGGAAAUAACGAGCGCCUCACCGCACCUGAAUUCCCGUGCCUUUCUCGAGCAGGCGAAGGAGCAGGCACGCGACUUGUGCUUGCCGCUCACCACACUGAAAAGGGAGGAGGUCGAGGCCACUAUUGCGCAGAGGUACAAACUCACAGAUGAUCGACUUGCCACAUGCUUAGUUCCCUACCAGCUCGGGGCCAACAUCCUCCUCUCACGUCUACCUCCCAAGGUUAGGGAUGAAUCUCUUCGGGAGCUAAAGUCUGAAGAAGCAGCGCGGCAGAGUGGGUCUCCUGUUGCACCAAGCAAGUGGAUUCAGUGGUAUGAGGCUGACGUUUACGCUUCAACAGGAAGGAGGUACUUGGAGCGCGUCAGCACCCGUCGACAGCGUCGCAUUCCUGUUUUCGCUGUCAUGGGACACGUGAAUCACGGUAAGACUGCCCUACUCGAUGCCUUGCAGGGGUCGCACAUCGGCGCUGAAGAGCCGCAUCACAUCACGCAGUCCGUUCGGGCCUUCACGAUACCAAGGCCAGGCGCCGACAAAGAUCUUUUCACCUUCAUUGACACUCCGGGGCACCGCAUUUUUGUCGAAACACGGUUUCACGUGCACCUGAUCGCUGACGUCAUCGUGUUGGUCAUUUCCGUUGCCGAAGGAAUCGAAAGUCAAACUCACGAGACAAUCAAGGUAGCCCUCAACGUUGACAAGCCAGUGAUCGUAGUCUUGAACAAGCUUGAUCUCUUGUCCGACGCGUUCUCUGCCGAGAAGGCAGUGCGGUGCAUCCUGGCGGAGUUGUACUCUAUCGGGCUCGACGUUCACCUGCUGCAGAGGGAGAAAGAUGUUGAGGCCUUGGCGACCGAGGUGUCGACUACUUGUUGCAGUAGCUGCGACAGCAUUCUCACAAAUCUGCGUCCACAAGCUGAGUACUUUGCACCGAUGAAGACGGUCGAUCCGGCGUAUAAGGGAAGCAAGCGAUACCCACAGGUACAGCUGCUACGCAAAUCCUACGGAGUGUGUGUUUCAGUGGCAACCGGAGCUCAUAUUUCCCUCCUGUGGCGCCUUCUGCAAUUCUGUCGAGAUUGCGCGCCUCCAACGUGUCGAAGCAACUCCAUUGGCCACACGGAGCACAAUGCCACCGUUCAAGCAGUCGUGUUAGAGUCGUCCAAACACUUGUUCGACGAAGAGGGCUUUCGACUGAACCGCAAGCGCCAGCAGAUCCAGCGGUACAUCGAUCUGAAGCAGCAAAAAUUCACAAGCGAGUUUGAGAAGCGAAGUCCUCGGUCGAUCCUCAAUUCCACAUUUAACAGCGUCAAAACGCAGUCUACACGCCAGAAUCGGACCAGCACGUCGUCCCUGGUGAUCACUGCCAUCGUCCAGGAGGGCGUCCUCACAGAGGGAAUGCACUUUAUUGCCGAUCAGGCGGAGGGUCAGGUACACGCAUUGGUCGAUUACUGGGGCAACCGUGUGGAGAAGGCGUACCCCGGUAUGGCCGUCACGCUUAUCGACAGGAGCAGCAUGAGCGGGUGCCCCGGUGCUGGAAUCCAUGUACUGUCUAUGACAGACCUCGCUUCGCGCGUGCGGGUACAGGCGUACCGCCAACGACUGCAGUGGUACGUUGAGGUUUUCACGACAAAGUUGCACUACCUCCGCCCACGGGGGAUGGACGUGUCUUUCGCUCAUCUGGGCGACUACGGCCAACUCGGCAUCGCCGACUCGCUUGAAUGCCAACUUCUGUACGGACCGCCGCAAAAGCCCUCCGAGGAGCAGAGGCGACCGGAGGCACUGCCGCCAGGGACAUCGGCGAGCUCUGAGUCCAUUGGUGCGUACCUUGCUGAGAGAAACCGAGAGUCUGAAUCGAGCGGACUCCAAGUUUCCUUGGUGGGGUCUGUUGCGCUCCCAGACGGUGUGACGAAGCGCUUGACGCAGGUAAUCAUGAGCAAAGAUAAUGAAGAGGUACUCCAGGCCACGUGGCAGAGUGUGCAGCUGCGGCGACAGCUCACGUCCCAGAAGGAGUACGAGGAGUAUGUUGCACAGUGUGUGCAGGUAGGUGUCUUAAUCAAGGUUGAUUCGUGGCACACCGCCCGCAUGCUACACCGUGAGAUCUCCCGGCUGGGCACACGCAAGGUUUAUUUUCAAGUCGUCGGUGCGCGUUUCGGUCCUCUGCAGGUGAACGACCUUCUUUACUUCAUGCAGGCUGUGAAGAUCAUCGUGUGCUUCCGCACGCCUCUUUCCGCGUCUAGCGACCUGGACAGUUACAUCGAGAAUGCCAACUUGUGGGUACUCCAGACGGAUCACUUUUCUGACGUGGUUCUCUUCAUGAAGUGGUGCGCCGUGGCGGCGCAUAAGGAGAAGGUGCUUGACGGAAAUGACGGCGACAUCGACCACAGUGACGCGUCGGACCCUCGUCCUCAAAUCGUUGUGGAGUCGAAGAAGCCGGAGACGGGCAGUGGAGCGCCGAAGGAAUCCAAGUCACAGAGGCGGCGGCUUCUCCUGUACGAUGUCGACAACGACGAUGAUGAGUUUUGGCGCACAUAG